AUGUGGCUCACGGAUGCUCAAAAAAUCGGCGUGGCGCUGACCACCUUCGGCGUGCUGUUCAUGUUCUUGGGGGUUGUUUUGUUCUUCGACGGCGCGCUUUUGGCCUUGGGAAACGUUCUGUUCCUCUCGGGGUUGACCCUCAUCAUCGGUUUCACCAAGACGUUCUACUUUUUCGCGCGCAAGAACAAGAUGCGAGGGACGGCAUGCUUCAUUGGGGGGAUCCUUCUCGUCUUCUUGAAGUGGCCCUUUGUUGGAAUGGUCGUGGAAACAUUUGGCUUCCUAAACUUAUUCGGCGACUUCUUCCCUGUAAUCCUUACUUUCCUACGCCAGCUACCAUUUAUUGGGCAUUUCCUCACCCUGCCAUACGUACGGGACGUGGCGGAUCGGUUAGCCGGAUCGCGCACAUCAAUAGUAUGA